AUGAUUAUACUACUCAUAAUACUAAGCCGGCUCCAAGCAAUGCUUAGCCUCUUUUUUGCGAAGCCGAGGCCGUCAGAAAUCGAUCUGAUCGGCCUUACUACUACUCUGGCCCCAAGUACAAGACCCGAGCUGAACGGACUACCGGACGAGGUCAUGAUACUUAUUGUUCAUCAUAUCUAUCAAGGGAACGAUAAACCCUCCAUAUUCGCCUUCUUUGUCCUUCGUCAAGUUUCGAGAUGUUUCAGACGACUGACGCAGGAUCGUCAAUUUCUUUCGCACGUUUUCUCAAGCGACGACUGCUGCAGAAGGCGUGGUUACUCCGAGGAAAAGCAUUGUUUUGGUCACAAGAUCAACAGAGAAGACUCAAAAGGGCUCGGCGACCUCAUCAGAAACGAAAGUCUAUGUACCGCAUGCAAAGACGCCCGCAAGAAACAGCGCAUGUCACUAAACUGUAAAUUUGCAGCCAGAAAUGUAUGGGACUGGGAAUUCUGCACUGCGUGUAAAGUCAAGCAUCCAUCUUUAUGCUUUUCUGCUGGUCAGAAAGUGUGUAUUGCAAGGACAGGUUAUAUCCGUCUCUGUGAGCAUAAGGUAAUCUACUGGCAUGACUUCGAAAGGUUCAUCCGAGAUCUUGUCCCGGAUGGGGGGGCAACACACAGAGAAGUCCUCAUAGUCUGCCGUCAUCAAAGUCACCGCACGCCCUGUUCUGUUGGAAAUUACGCCGCCCCUAUAGCUACACUGGUUCGAAGCAAGGACCAGUACUACCUGAGUCUUAACUACGACACGUUUACGAAUCCCAAUCUGGCCCCAAAACACACUCCCCAUGGUUACGAUAAGAAGAAAGGGACAAUAUACCUUCCGUUUCUCACCGUCAAACAAGCUAUUCAGCCUGUUCGACAAAAUUGCGCACAAUACUUUGCGCCAGAGCGUCUGUCCGGAUUGCUACCUGAACUAGGCUGUAUCUACAUUGAUCAGAGCUCCUCUAGUUCUGGUUUAGUCGGGAUAUUGGACCCGUAUUUGCUCUGGAAAAGAACGAGAUACCAUGGCACUCCAGGGUCUGUUUCUUCGUCGGUCAAAAGUCGACCUUGCCCACGGCGGAAUCACAAAAAGAAUAAUUCCUGUAUCCGUCUUCAAUACAGUCGAUUUAUAAUGCUCAACAUGCAUCCAUCUCAGAGACUACCUCGUCUAAAUACACCAAGUCAUGAAUGGUUUCAUGAAAUUAGAAGAGUGUCAUACUUAUACCAAGGGCCGUCUUGCGUUGCUGAAACAUGCCACAACCCAAGCUGUCGGAACCAUUACUCAAUGACACCGAGCUCAUCGCAUCCUGCAGUUACCCUAUCGAGACUACCACAAUGGUCGAUUCUGGAUUGGCUUUGA